AAAAUUUGGCUACAAACUAUGAAGUAAAAAAUUUACUCAAAUAUUUUGCAUCGAAUUAUUCAUCUUAAAAUACCCAUCAUCAUCUGUUUAGCUUCCUAUUCCAACUUUGCCAUGGGAACAAAUCUCUCACCUUAUUCCCCUUCGAAAAAACGUACACGAAGUUACAAAAAUGUUGGAUUAGAACCAUUCUUUGAUCCAAAUUUUCUUCUUCUGUAUCUUUCUAUGACUCGAUCACGAAUUAAAUUUAUAGCUUGGAGUGUAAGACCACCUCUCGACCGUGCCCAAAUUUUUGGUACACUACACAUAAUCUUUGUAGCCAAAAAUCGCACCAAAAAUACCUUAAAGAAAAAGAAAAAGAAACAAAAAUAAUUAAAAAAAAAAGUGAAAUCGCUACGAUGUAGAAGAAAAGGAGGUGGCAUGAAAAAAAAAAUAAAAAUAAAUUGAAAAAUUAAAAGAAAAUUAAAUUUCAGUCCCUCGUCGUAUUUCCAUAGCAGUUGGAGUCCCGAACGCUGAUAUCUUUCUCGUUCUUUCUCUCUCUUCUUUCUAUUUUUCUCUCUCUACUCUUUGCUUGCUCACGCCGCGUCGUGCGAACCCUCGCCCCCAAUUUCGUGCGGAAUUAGGGUUGCUUCCUCUCUUUGUGAAUCGUUUAUUGCCUGUUUGGAUCGGGAGCUCGUGGGAUCUUCGAACGCGAAUUCGAUCGAUUCUGAGGCGACGAUCCCCUUCUCGAUCGAGUUUGAGGGCUUGUGGUGCCGGAAUUAGGGUUUGGUGGGGCGGCGGAGAUGAUAAUUAAGCGGAGCCAGAGGGCGCAGAUGCCGACGCUGAAGCGGUGCAAUGCGGAGGAGGCGGCGGCGGCGGCGGCCUCCGCCGCCGGGGCGGCGCAGGGCGACGACGACGGAGAGGGCGGCGGGAGGCGGCGGAAGAGGCGGAAGGAGUGGGGGCUCUUCCCGCUCGAGGCGCUCGGGGACGUCCCCGCCGACGCGAUUCGGCACCGCACUCUGCGGCUGCUUUGGGAGGAGUCGGAGUGCAGGGAUGGCCGCCGGAGGGAGAGCGCCCGCGCUUCACCGCCCGCUCCGUCUGCGCGGCCUCCGGUUGUGCGGACGUCGAGAGGCCGCGUUCAGGUGCUCCCGUCCCGGUUCAGCGACUCGGUCCUCAUUGACCCUUGGAAGAAGGAGAAGCCCAAGGCGAAGGUGAUUGACCCCGAUUUUGAGAUCAAGAAUGGUCUAGUGGAUGUUGAAACCAAAGAAUUUGAUCAUAGAUACCCCAAUUUUAGCUCAAUUAUCAACAAUUCCCUAACAAUGCUCGACGAAGAGGAACGGUAUCGGGCAUGCAGGAACUUCAGUACCAGAAAGCAUUCGAUUUCUAGGAGUACUCUAACGUCGCUGUAUGAGAGUUAUGGCGGAGAGGAGGAGAGGUUAAUGCCCGUGCCCAAGAAGGAAUAUCCACUUAGCUGUUAUUAUUCUGGGCCAAUGACGGUGGAAACAACGAUAGCAGAGGAAAGUUUUGAAAGGAGCGAUGAUUUCGAUUGGCCUGAAAAUGAGUUUGUUCAUGGUGAUAUCGUGUGGGCUAAGUUGCGAAAGAAGUGGCCAGCUUGGCCUGCAAUGGUUGUUGAUCCAAUGCGACAAGUUCCCGAAGCGAUUCUUCAAUCCUGCUUUCCUGGUGCUACGUGUGUCAUGUUGUUUGGGUACUCCGAAUAUGGAAAUAAUAGGGAGUAUGCAUGGGUGAAGCAGGGGAGGAUCUUUCCAUUUGUAGACAAUGUAGAUAGAUUUCAGGGGCAGACAGAGUUAUGUGGGAGCAAGCCUUGUGAUUUUCGUCUUGCUAUAGAGGAAGCCUUUUUAGCUGAGCAUGGUUUCUCGGGAGCAAGGGUGGAUGCGACAACAAUAUCUGGCCAACCUGCAAAUUAUGUGUCUUUUCCCAUACAGGAGGCAACUGAUUCAAAUCAUGAACAAGAGUGCCAAUCGCGUAUUCAGGCUGACCAAUCAGGCCUCCAUUGUGAAAGUUGUGGGUUGAGCCUUCCAAUCAAUGCUGCAAAAAAGAUCAAGAAUGACAUGGAACAAUUUGUGUGCAAACAUUGUGCUAAGCUUUUGAGGUCCAAACAGUAUUGUGGAAUAUGCAAAAAGAUUUGGCCUAAUACAGAUGGUGAGAGAUGGGUUCGUUGUCAUGGAUGCAAAACUUUGAUUCAUGCGAAUUGUGACAAAACAUGCAGCAAACUUAAGGAUCUUCGGGGCAUCGAUUAUCAUUGUCCCGAGUGCAGGUUAAAGUUUAGUUUUGAAUCAUCAGUUAAAGAAAGAAAACAUUCUCAUGCAAGAUGUGAUAGUAACAGUUGGCAAGAUACUGCAGUUGAUGCAAUCACUGUUUGUUGCUUUGGUAUGGAGGGAACAUAUCUACCCGAGCAAGAGUUGAUCUCAUGUCACUGUGGACCAUGCAAGGGACAGAAAUUUACAUUUAAUGAAUGGGAGCGUCAUACUGGUUGCAAGAGUAAAAAUUGGAGAUCCAGUAUGAAAGUCAAAAGUACAAUGAUGCCUUUGGGAAAAUGGAUAGAUCAUUAUCAAGCUAACAAGGCUCCUUCAAACCAUGCUAAACGUAUUACUCCAAAAAUGAGGAAACAAAGGCUGCUGGCUUCCCUGCAUGAACCGUAUGAUCCCAUACAUGUUAAGUGGACCACUGAACGAUGCGCAAUCUGUAGAUGGGUUGAAGACUGGGAUUACAACAAAAUCAUUAUAUGUAACAGAUGUCAAAUAGCAGUCCACCAAGAAUGCUAUGGAGUGAGGGGUAAACAGGAUUUUACAUCUUGGGUUUGCCGGGCAUGCGAAGCACCUCAUCAGAAGAGAGAGUGCUGCCUUUGUCCUGUAAAAGGGGGUGCUCUGAAGCCAACAGAUAUUGAUUCACUGUGGGUCCAUGUGACAUGUGCAUGGUUUCAGCCUCAAGUCUCUUUCGCUAGUGAUGAAAUUAUGGAGCCUGCUAUUGGAAUAUUGAACAUCGCACCUCUGUCUUUUAUGAAGAUUUGUGUCAUAUGUAGGCAAAUACAUGGUUCAUGUACGCAAUGCUACAGGUGUUCCACUUAUUACCAUGCUAUAUGUGCAUCAAGAGCUGGGUACCGCAUGGAGUUGCACUGCUUAGAAAGAAAUGGAAGGCAGACCACAAAAAUGAUUUCAUAUUGUGCGAAUCAUCGGGCUCCAAACCCAGAUAAUGUUUUGAUAAUACAAACUCCUUCAGGAGUCUUUUCUUCCAAAAAGCUUCUGCAAAAUAGUGUAAAGCAGACUGGUUCAAGACUUAUAAGGAAAGAUAUCCCCCAGGAAUCAACAUCACUUGCACAAUUACUGGAGACUUCAUGUGCUGCAAGAUGCAUGGUCUAUAAAAAAAUCGAAACUAAAGAGAGAACGCGAGAAGGGGCCGUUGCACACCGAGUUAGGGGACCUUGUUAUCAUUCUCUUGAGGAAAUACAAAGACUGAAUGCACCUAGGGAGGAAAAGGAUCCUGAAUCAUUUUCAACGUUCAGAGAGCGUCUUCACUAUUUACAGUUAACAGAACAAAGUAGAGUUUGUUUUGGUAGAUCGGGAAUACAUGGAUGGGGCCUAUUUGCCCGUAGGAAUAUUCAAGAAGGAGAAAUGGUCAUUGAAUAUCGUGGUGAACAGGUUAGACGCAGUGUUGCGGAUUUGAGGGAGGCACGCUACCGGUUGGAGGGAAAAGAUUGCUAUCUAUUUAAAAUCAGUGAAGAGGUAGUAGUUGAUGCUACAGAUAAAGGAAACAUCGCUCGUUUAAUCAAUCAUUCUUGCAUGCCGAACUGCUAUGCAAGGAUUAUGAGUGUCGGCCACGAUGAGAGUCGGAUUGUUUUGAUAGCAAAGACGCAUGUCUGUGCUGGCGAUGAGUUAACGUACGACUACUUAUUCGACCCUGACGAAGGUGACGAGUGCAAAGUUCCUUGUCUCUGCAAAGCUCCAAACUGUCGGAAAUUUAUGAAUUAGGUUGCUGCAAAGGCCAAUUGGCUACUUUACAGUCUUCUCUUUUCUUUUCUUUUCUUUUCUUUUCUUAUCCUCCUUGAUCGAUGCUCCCCAUCUAUUAACAUCUUCAAGCUUGUAUUCAAUUUCUCAAUUUUUUUUUUUUAAUAAGUUCAAUUAAUUGAGGGUGCAAAAUUGCUGGGCUUCCAUUCUUUGUAAAUUCAUUUCGUUGUAUUAACUUUACAAUAGGUUAAUCAAUAUAGCAUUUUCUUUUUUUAACAUAA